CCAUACGUGUGUAUAUAUAGUUAGUUAGUUGAGAUAAACUUGGUUACCACUUUUGUGUUGUUUUUUUUCUUUCUUUUUUCCAUUUUCCAUUUCUCGACCCCUUGAGUCUAGCUAAUUACUUUCACGAUUUUCAAAUAAAGUUUAAUUUGAUGGAACUUUUUUAAAACCAUAUAUAAAUUAUGGGUGGUCGUAAACCAUGUUGUGAUGAGGUUGGAUUAAGAAAGGGACCGUGGACAGUGGAAGAAGAUGGGAAACUAGUUGAUUUCUUAAGGACACGUGGCAACUGCGGUGGCGGCGGAGGAGGAUGGUGCUGGAGAGACGUGCCAAAACUGGCGGGGCUAAGGCGGUGUGGCAAAAGUUGCCGUCUCCGGUGGACUAAUUAUCUCCGGCCAGAUCUCAAGAGAGGUCUUUUUAGUGAAGAGGAAAUUCAACUAGUCAUUGAUCUUCAUGCUCGCCUUGGCAAUAGAUGGUCGAAGAUUGCAGUGGAGUUACCAGGAAGAACAGACAACGAUAUCAAAAAUUAUUGGAACACUCAUAUAAAGAGGAAGCUUAUAAGAAUGGGUAUUGAUCCAAACACACAUCGUCGGUUUGACCAACUAAAAGUCAACGAAGAUAAAAAGGUAUUGGUCAACGAUCUAAAGCCUCUGCCUGAGCCAGAGGUACCGGUAGUCUUGAAGAAUGACACGUCGGCGGUGUUAUCAGGAAAUCUAAACCAGUUAGCUGACGUAGACGGUGAUGAUCAGCCGUGGAGCUUUUUAAUGGAAAAUGACGGAGAGGGAGGUGGUGGCGCCGCCGGAGAGCUUAUGAUGCUAUUGUCCGGCGACAUUACGUCAUCAUGUUCUUCUUCGUCAUCUUUGUGGUUGAAGUAUGGAGAUUUGGGAUACGAAGAUUUAGAACUUGGAUGUUUCGAUGAUUAGAGAUUCAAGUAUGCUUAGUUAGUCCGUAGAUAAUCAUACGGUUCAUUGACUUCAUUCUAUAACCAUAGAUUCAUGUAGUUGGACCAAUAUAACGAAUAAAACAUAGUAAUUUCCAAGUUUCUCUAAUCAAUAAUAAAACGUGCUUUGCACUUUUAGUGUCC